ACGAGGUGUCCACGCGAACAGAGCUGGAACAGAAGCCCAGCGCCAUUAUUACGAUCGUGAAGGGGGUAUCCUCCUCCAUCAGUGCAACGCAGUACGAAGUGACGCGAUAGAAAAGGUUUCAAAUCCUACCAAGUGGCCAGUCCGUCAGUCCAGCUGUGUAUGUUCAGUGUGUGUGAAAUUACAUCCUACAUUGUGACGUGACUCAUCCGCAGCUAUUAUCCGGUGCCCAGUGUACUCUUUUAGUGAAUGAAACUUCGAUCGAUCGCCCAGAUUCCCGCUUCCAAUCGUGCGUGCGUGCGCGGGCAUAAGAUGCCUUGAGAGAAUCUCGCCCACAAAGUGCGUAGUGUCCGCAACUCCCGGUUGCGUGUGAAAAGGUGCUCGUUACUUCUCUCGCGCACUUCCCCUUUCCCCCCCUCGGUGAUAGAUGCCCGGUGCAAAAGUGGCUCAACCGAACCGAAGCGUGGUUGGUGCAUUGGUGCUGGUGGUGGUUGGGGUUGGGACGCACGCGGCAACAUGAGUAACUUUCGGACGAGCAUCAUCGGUCCACGGCUGCUGGUGCUCGUCGUGUGCAUCGGUGUAGCAGCGGUGGUGCAGUGCGCUGGCCAUGCUGGUGCAAUGGCCAGCGACGAUGGUGGUGAUGAUGGCGGAGCUGGAGGUGGUGCUGGUGCUGCCCCAUCAUCACCGGUCGUCAUCAUUGUCCCGGAUCUUGGAUCCGAACCGUCGACAACUGUGAUGCCAGCAACGGUCACAGUGAAAGGCAUCGUACCGGUGGAGAGUAGCAGCAGUAGCGGGGAUACCGUUUCACCGCAACCGACGACGACGAUGAUCCCCGAACCACAGCAACCCGAAUCGCAGCUCGAUGGUCACCGGACUGGACCUCAUUUGAAUGGAACGACCAGCUCCCCGGUCACAACAUCACCGACGAUGACGACGUCGGCGGCAACAAUGACGAAGCGAAGGAUGACUAAUCGGGACAAUAAGCUGAUGUCGGUGCUGCAGGCACGCCGGACCGCACUGACCCGUGACCGGUGGCGCAAGGAGUAUCACCACCCGUCGUCUACUCAUCGCCAGGAGCAGCAGGAGCAGCAGCAACAGCAACAGCAACAGCAACAACAGUCAUCAGAUCCGGUCGCUGGCAAUCUGAUCGAAGAUAGUAGUACGCCCGAAUCGAACCUUAACCUGGUACAGGGUGGAAGAGGACUGUCGGUGGUCAGUCCUGCCGAUGAGUUCCUCGAUACGGACGAAUCGAUCCAUGGGAUGUACGUGGUGAACCCUCGCACUGGCAAAAUUGCACUGCAACAAACCGGCGGUAGCAUCAAACUGGCCAAAGAGACGAACAAUUUCAUCGCGAUCAUGCCACCGCCGGGGUCAUCGACCAAGCUUAGCUCAGCGAAAGUGCCCUCCACGACAACAACGACAACGUCAGCAACAACAACAACAACGACGUCAACGGUCUUCCCUGGCCGUGUGGCCUACGGUGGCUACCAGGAAGCUCGCGGCAAACGAAUGCGCGAUCGCAAAACGUUCCCACAAUCGACGGAAAAGUCUGUCGAGGAGAGUGAUCUCAUCCCAUACCAGUACUUUGGCCAGAAGCUGAUCCCUGGACCAAAACCAAUCCACGUGCCCGGUGCACGUCGUACGCAUCUCUACAAACCGACGCGGCCAGUGGAGGAACAGUUGAUCGAGGUGGUAGAGAUGGUACCAGCGCCACCGGUUCCGGUUCCGGUGAAGCAAGCAUCUGGUACGGUUGAAAAGAGUAAAUUCUGGUCAAAUCGAUAUCCAACGCGGAAUGUGGUGGCACACAACAGUAACCUUUACCUGAGGCGAACUACCAGCACGACGACAAGUACGACAACGACGACGACGAGUACAGUUGGUCCCAGAACGGAAGCAGUCGGUGCCGAUGCGCUCGCCAACUCCAUGAUCGCGUUCAGCAAUCUCUCCGAUGGUGAUGCAGCAGAUGAGAAGCAGGUGUUCUCUCGGAGCGCCAACUACACGACUCAACAGCAGCUCAUCAACAAGACGGAACUGGAACCGACCACAACGACAACCACAACGACAACAACGACGACGACACCAGCUAGUGUACCGGCGGCAGAGCUACCGAGUAAUCACAGGCCAGCCCCGACAGAGUACCAACCAGGGCGCUACAAUCCAGCCGGCCUUAGUUCGAAGCUCAUCAUCAACUACCCGGAUGAUGCCACACCGGAAGAUUUCUACCGUCCGCUGAAUACUUUCGAGACGCACGCGCAAAUCGUGAACCUCCAAGAGGCAACCGAGAUCCCGGUGCACACACCGGCCGUCAUUCAACCACAGAUCGUCCCCGAAGAGGACGAGGACGAGACGGAACGGACACUUGUCUCACUGCCUGACAUUAAUCAGAUUUUCCGCAAUCUAUCGACGCCAACGACCACCGAGAUGACAACAACGACCGCGGCGACGAGUACGACGACAUCAGGAGCUCCUGCACGGUCACGGCUCAACACCCGUGUCUACGUAC